CUUAGAUACGACAUUUUUUUGGACAUAUUGAGGAAAACCUUUGAUAAUCCUCUCUUUAGAACCCAGCUCUCUUAUCUCGAAGUAGAUUAAUUCCAUAGCAGGAAAUGCAAAUAUACAUCGUACAACGCAAUAAUCGCCUUUUUUGUACGCCGUGCGUAACCGGAGCGAUUAGAUGACUUAAAAACGAAAUGGAGCGCACAGACGAAGGUUCUCGUUAUACUGUGUAUAAAAAGGAAUCUGUUUUUCUACCUUCGUUAGAACGACAGUAGGAUUCCAUUACGAUGACUCUGACUAUUGUAUUGCUUUCGGCGCUUUUAUUACUCUCCCGAAAUAUCCGCGGAUGGUACAUCGCGUUUCCGAACAACAGCGAGAUCGUCAACAAUGAAUUUCGUGAAACCACGGCCUUUCAACCAACCUUCAUAUUUCCAGGGACAAAAUGGUGUGGCAGUGGUAAUAUAGCGGAUGGUCCGGAUGAUUUAGGAGUAUUUGCAAUGACUGACGCAUGUUGUCGUGAACACGAUAAUUGCAAAGAUUUAAUCGAACCGACACAAUCUAAGCAUGGCCUGACUAAUACUGCUUUUUAUACAAGGCUACACUGCUCGUGUGAUGAGAGAUUCUACGACUGUCUCCAUAACUCGGAGGAACCUGUUAGCACGAAGGUUGGCUUUCUUUACUUCAGCGUGUUAGACACGAAGUGCUUCCGCGAAGACUACCCCAUCGUUGGCUGCAAACGGCAUUCACUCAUUCCUAGACGCUGUUUGGAAUACGAGCUGGACGAAAGCCAACCGAAGAUGUAUCAAUGGUUCGAUGUACCUACGUAUUUCCAAAACGGCCAACGGAUGAUGAUCGCUGACCGUCAUAUUCUAUCACUCGAUUCCGAUAUCAUUCACAAACCGAUAGGAGUCUAUUUUGUGGGAUCGUCGAUCACUGAAGGAAACUUCAUACGCGUGUAGAGUCGUAUAAAUUGUAAUUGAUCUGUGCCUAUCAACGUAAUUAAAUAAGCGCCAAUAAAAUCGCUAUGAUUGCUUUAA